AUGGCUGGUUUCCUCUCAGACCUGGUUCGAUACCGGAGGCUAUUGCUGAUGAUUGUGGUGCUGGGAAUUGGUGGAACCCACCUCUCUGGCUUUCAAAUGUCCGUGAUCAAUUACACUUCUCCGUACAUUCAGAAGUUUAUCAACGACACUUGGCUGGAGCGAUACGGUUCUGUGCUGCCUCAGGAGACCCUGAUGCUGCUGUGGUCCUUCAUCGUGUCUGUGUACUGCAUGGGUGGGAUGAUAGGGUGUCUGUGUAGUGGGUACCUGACUGCAAAAUUUGGAAAGAAGAAAUGUCUACUGCUCAACGACGUGGUGCUAAUAGCAGCCACGCUGCACAUGGGCUUCAGUAGGAGAGCCAAGUCUUUUGAGAUGAUCCUGGCUGGGCGCUUCCUGGAGGGCAUCGCUGCUGGAAUACAUAUGAAUGCCCAUGUUCAGUAUGCUGGAGAGAUCUCACCUAAGAAGCUACGUGGAUUUAUAAAUGUGACCUCCACAGUGUUUUUUGCACUAGGAAAAACUGUAGCAAGAAUUCUUGGAUUAAGAGAACUUUUAGGAACUGAAGACAUGUGGCACGUGCUAUUGUCCUUCUCUGGGCUGGUGGCAUUGAUUCAACUGCUCUUUUUGCCAUUCUUUCCUGAGUCCCCGCCCUAUCUCUUGCUGCAAAAAGAAGACAAAGCUGGUUGCUUGAAAGCCAUGAAGCAACUCUGGGGAGAAGGGAAUUGUCAAACAGAAUUUGAUGACUUGAUGAAGGAAAAGGCUAUAACAAAAGGCACCAAAAUCAUGAAUGUCCUAGAAGUGCUUAGAGAACGAUCCGUGUACCCACAGCUGUGUACCAUGCUCCUCCUUUUGCUGAGUCUGCAGCUCUGUGGCCUGAGUGCAAUCACCUUUUACACCUCAGAAAUUUUUUCGACAGCCAACCUGACAGAAAGCAUAAUCCCAUAUGUAUCUCUAGGAGUUUCAAUCUCUGAACUCAUCUCUAUCAUAUUGUGUAGCUCCAUAAUCGACCGGUUUGGACGCCGAACACUGCUGUGUGGUGGUUAUCUGCUGAUGGCCCUGAUACUGGUGUUGCUCGAAACGAGCCUUCUGCUCAGUGAUCAGUUCCUGUGGUUGCGUUACUGCAGUGUUAUUCUCAUCUUUCUGUUCAUCAUUGCUUAUGGAAUAGGACCAGCUGGAGCAGUUGUGUCUGUCAUGAAUGAAAUCUUCACCCUCUCAACAAGGGCCUCUGCUUUCGUAAUUGGUGGAAUUGUCGUUUGGCUAGGCCUCACCUUCACUGGAAUGAUUUUCCCCUUUGCUGUAAUGCUUCUUGGUCCUUUUUGCUUCCUCAUCUUUAUUGCUGUCCUGGUCAUUUCAGUGGUUCUUAUCUACCUGUUCCUCCCAGAAACAAAAGGGAAGUCAACCUCUGAAAUCACAGAAAAAUUCAAAACCUGCCAGUUUAAGAGGAUUCGUCAUCAGGCUGUGGAGAUGUAUGCUGCUGAAGAGAAGACAUUUUGCACCAAGCUCUGA